CAUUAAUCCAACCCCAGUUCAGUCGCGCAUCAGCUCCGACACAGUGCAAAGGAUUUUUUUUAAACAAAGCGUAUUUUUAAACCAGACUUCACACCUAAGAGACAAUGCAUCUGUCUCAGAUCGUGCUGUAUCUGAGCUUGCUGAUUGCUUUGGGUCCAGUAGUUCUGAGUGACCAAGAGGCGCACCAGCAGCCUUCCGUCAGCACCCCAGUAGACACGGAUCAAUGCGCUACCUGCGAGGUCCGGCAGCAUAUUAAAACCAUGCGAUUAAACGCGAUAAAGUCUCAGAUUCUGAGCAAGCUGCGAAUGAAGGAAGCUCCCAACAUUAGCAGAGAGAUCGUGAAGCAGCUCCUGCCCAAAGCGCCGCCGCUGCAGCAGCUUCUGGAUCAGUACGACGUGCUGGGAGAUGACAACAGGGAAGAAGUCCUGGAGGACGACGACGAGCACGCAACCACAGAGACAAUUGUGAUGGUGGCAACUGAACCUGAUUCCGCCGUCCUGGUGGACGGGCAACCAAAGUGCUGCUUUUUCUCAAUUACGCAGAAGUUUCAAGCCAGUCGUGUAGUUCGAGCGCAGCUUUGGGUGCAUCUGCGUCCCUCAGAAGAAGUGACCACCGUGUUCCUGCAAAUCUCCCGGCUUAUGCCGGUCACAGACGGGAACAGACACAUACGAAUCCGCUCCUUGAAGAUCGACGUGAAUGCCGGGGCCAGCUCUUGGCAAAGUAUAGACGUCAAGCAAGUGUUGACUGUGUGGCUGCGGCAGCCAGAGACCAACUGGGGCAUCGAGAUCAACGCUUUCGAUUCGAGGGGAAAUGACUUAGCUGUGACCUCCGCAGAGCCGGGAGAGGAGGGUCUGCAACCGUUCAUGGAGGUGAAGAUUUCAGAGGGCCCCAGGCGUGCCCGGAGAGACUCGGGCCUGGACUGCGAUGAGAACUCUCCAGAGUCCCGGUGCUGUCGCUACCCACUCACUGUGGACUUCGAGGACUUUGGCUGGGACUGGAUUAUUGCACCAAAACGCUACAAGGCCAACUAUUGCUCUGGGGAGUGUGAGUACAUGCACUUACAGAAGUACCCACACACCCACCUGGUGAACAAAGCCAACCCCAGAGGGACUGCAGGUCCCUGCUGUACCCCAACAAAGAUGUCGCCAAUCAACAUGCUCUACUUUAACCGCAAAGAGCAAAUCAUCUAUGGCAAGAUCCCCGACAUGGUGGUGGACCGUUGUGGAUGCUCCUGAGUUGGGAUGGAGAGAGAAAGGGGGCGGGGGCGAAGGGGCCGAGGCGCCGUCCAGCAUCCUACUUUAAGACUGUUUGAUACCACCAAUCCACCAGUUCCAGUGCUUUCCUGCAGAACACGGUGCAAUAGAAUCAGAGUAGAAGCCACAAACAGCCCGACCUUCCUGCAGGGCAACGCUUUCAUAGUUCUCACUUUUCUUUCCUCCAGUGAAAUCUUAGCCAUAGAGGCUUGAAGCCAGGUGGAUGCAAGAAUGCAAACACACACACACACACACACACACACACACACACACACACACACACACACACACACACACACACACACACACACACACACACACACACACACACACACAAAUAUAACACAUGCUGGACCUUGAAGUGAAUGUAGCCAGAAAUGAUCACAGUUUUCCAAAACAGUGUUAUUAUUCUUUGUUUUUUAAAUGAUCUGUGCUCUGUCCAUUUAUAACAACAUGCCGUCCGUUUAUACACCACUCCACUUGUAGCUGAUAUACAAGCUAUCACACUUGAUGCUCUGUGUUUGUGAUAAUCAUUUUUUUAGUUUUGUUUUCAGAGUGAAACCAGGAAUCCUCAAGGACUUUUUGAAAGGGCUCGGAAAAAAACACAGCUGGAGACUCUUUAGGGUGAUAUUUCACACUGGUAGAACAUGUUUUAGUACCCCUAAGUGUCCCCAAGAGUCAAUGAAAAGUUAAACUACACAAAAGACUAACUAAUCUGGAGAUUAAUCUCUCUUUUAUUGCUCAAAGUUUCCCCCAUAAUGAUGUGGUGGUUAAUCUCUCUUCAGAGCCUAUGGAUACAAACAUGUUCCACCAGUCUGAAGUACCACUUUAGGUCUUGUCAGGUCCUCACUUAUUCUGUCAUACAUACAUGCAACAAUAUAUCCAACUGAGAGAUCAUUCUCCCUCAGUCGCAAUUGUCAGUAUCCAACCAAACAGCCCAACCUGCCCGAUACACUUGAAUUAUUCUGAUUGUAAAUUCACAUGACUGGACAGAAGGACUUGAACUGAAGGCACGAUGAAUGCAGCCUCCAAAUGAAAGUGUGUUUAAGACAGAAAACGAUGUGAAUGUCGAAAUCAUGUUUAGACUCUGUCUUACAAACACAGUUUGCACUAUGGCACACCAAUAGAAAGAAUUGGUUGCUACAAAAAAAAGUUGUAAAAACUGAUUUUGAUAUGUUUGCUAAUUUGUAUUGUAUUCAUAUGGCAUUUGUUUCCAGUAGGAGUUGCCUUUCUGAACCAUUGUUGGUAAAUAUGUAAAACUGCAACCUAGCAAGAUAAAUGUUGUAAUGCAGCAACUCUAUAUACUUGUUUUAACAAAUAAAAUUUCUAGCUUGUU